CGGUUACCGUACGCGUACCCGCCGACGAAAUGGACUUGAACGAAAUGCGCGCACACCGGCAACGUUUCGGGGUGAUCACUUGAGUGCGGGUGUUUUUGAGCUGGUUUGACAGCUCUUCGUGUUUUUUUUUCCUAAUACAGGUUUCGGUUUUUGGUUUUAAGUUUCCCUAUACUCGCCGCCCGGGAAGUGCUGCCUCCCCCUCCCCCGCCGGGGACGACCGAAGUUGUUAUGGACGGCCACCGGACAGUCGCGUCUUGACCGUGUGGCCGUACGCGUCAUGUUAGUGGCCACCGUGGUGUCCAUGUGGGUGCUGAGCGCGAUGGCCGUUACCGUGCGGCACGGUCGUUCGAGGAUGGCCAGGUGGGCGCAACAACAGCACAACGACCAACCGGUCACGCGGCUGACGACCGUCGCGCUCGACGACGGCAUCGGCUUAGGCUCGCCGUCGUUGAUGAAGGCCAGUGGCGGAGGCCCAAAUCUGUUGGAUAAGGCCAACGCUCUUCUGCGCGUUGUCGAAUCGCAACAACACUUGGGCGGCAACUGCACCGCCGGCACCGACCUGAACAUGGGAGAGGGUGUAGUAGACAGAUACGCUCAGGAGAGGUUCAGAGUGAUGGCCAACGUUGCCGUGAACCGAGCUAACAUGCUGACUAGAAUCUGGAAGUAUGCAAACCCUGGCGUAACGGCUUCUGAGUAUCUAUUGCACGCCAGUGUGAUUUCCAUGGUGGAAUUCGACGACGACAUAUUUGCGGCUGGCAACUGUUACGAUCAAAAUCAGUACAAGGAUUAUUGGCUGUUCUGCCCGUACGCUUACAGGUUGCCCGACGGCAAAGGAAUAUUGGCCAAAGACUUGGCGGUCGAAUACAAGUAUUUGUCGAACACCAGCGAAUGGUUUUACAUAGCUCGGCAGAAAGCACAAGGCGUGAUUAAACGCAACAACCAGUACAGUCACGCGUUCAAUUCUUACACGUGGAACGAUACCGCCCAUACAAAACGUGAAGCGGACGAUGUGUUGACUGUCACAUACGAAGACGGCAAAUGGAGUAAACCCUAUUACGAUUGUGGCGGUGGCAAUAUAUGGAUGUUGACCUAUACAGUUCCGUUUUUCGGUUAUCGAGACGGGAAAUACUUUUUUAAGGGCACCAGUGGAAUCGACAUUGAUCUCAGGCGAGUGGACAUCGAUCAAUGUCCCUUGCCUCUGGGCAGCAAUCAUUUUAACAUUUUCGCCUCGUCGGACAAAUGCAAAAAACAAACCACAUACUGUGUAGCCGUGUCUGGACUGGGAUUUCGCAGAGGAAGUUACAAAUGCGUGUGUCGUCGUGGUUAUUACUUUCCUGCGCCUAAGUACGCCGGGAGUGCCGGAAACAGAUUUUUCAAUGGAGUCAUUAUUGAAGAAGAAUACGAAAAACUAAUGUUGGGUCAGCCAAAUAAUUACAGUCAGGGUAACAUGUUCGAAUGCAUGCGAUGUGCUGAAGGAUGCGACGACUGCGUGGAUGCAAGUCCUUGUAUAGCAUCUUUAAAUUGGGUGCUUCGUUCAAUCAUACUGGCACUCUCAUUAAUCGUCAUCUGUUGCCUUCCACUGGUGGUGUUCUUCACGUGGAAAUACGGAGACCUCAAGGUGGUUCGUGCGGCCAGUCCGGCGUUGCUCAGAGUAAUUGCAUUAGGAGCAUUUUUCAUUUAUGCGACGAUGAUCGUUAUGUAUCCAAAACCAAAUGUGAUCACCUGCAUUGCUCGAUUUUGGCUCAGAGAAAUAGGAUUUUCGCUCACAUACGGAGCUCUGAUGUUAAAAACAUGGAGAAUAUCCGUUAUAUUCAGGGUAAAGUCAGCCAAAGUCGUAAAAAUCACCGACAAGGAUCUGCUGAAGAGAUUGGGACUAAUGAUGGUCGUCGUCGGACUCAUCAUGUUAAUCCGAACUCUGGUCGAUCCUCCCUACGUUAUAGUCGGGAGGACAUCCGACAAUUUGAAAACUGAUCUAUGCCCCGCAGGAUGGUGGGAUAGAUUCUUUUCGAUAUUGGAAGUAUUGUUCCUGGUUUGGGGCAUUCGUUUGUGCAUCGUAGUUCGGAGAGCCCCGUCGGAAUUCAACGAAAGCCGGUUCAUGUCGAUGGCCAUAUACAACGAAUUCAUUUUAUCAGUCUUCCUAAACGUAUCAAUGUUUUUCCUGCAAUCGCCUGCCAAUCCGGACCUGCAGUAUAUAAUUUUCUUCUGUCAUACACAAUUGACGGUGACCACCCUGCUCGGGUUCAUAUUCGCCAGCAAAGCGUACUUGGUGAUCAGAGGAGAAGAAUUUAACGACGAGGACGGACAGUUGAAGGGUGUCAAAGUGACCGGUUGCAACAGGAUUCUGAGCAAGCAGACCAAGAACUCGAACAAAGCCAACAAUUCGACGUACGGCUGUGUCGAAGAAUCCAGUACUGAUUUUAUAUUAACCGAAAACGACGUGCAAGACGAGUUUGCUCAAAUUUUCAAACAAUUGGAAGCGCUCAAGGACAAAAACAUUCGAAUGGGAAACCAACAUUUGGUCAACAAGAUAGUGGCCAUGCAAGAGGUGAGCAGACACAGUGUUUGGUCGACAAACGUGGAAAAAAAGGCGGAACAUUGUACGUUUACCGGCAACCACAUCAGCAACCAUCCGCUGAACGUUAGUAGCCAACGGUCGCUGCAGGUCAUUAAUCAAAACGGCAAAAAACCGUUUAUGAAAGAAGUGACGGUGUGAAAUUGGCCAGACCGAAAUUUUCAAACGUGAUCAACCGGUAGAUAGUUUAGAUAGGUAUAUUAUUUUGAAAUAAGUUCAACAUACGUCUCUAGAUAGGUAUUCGUUAUAAAAUUAUAAUUCAUAAAAAAUUACACAAUUUUCUUUUAACAAUAUGUCAACUUAAACAUAAGUAACGUUCCCCAAAAUGUGUUUUGUCGAAAUUGUGCGAUUUUCGAAAGAAAGGAAAUAAUUUAUGUUUAAGUACAACGGUACUCGUAUAUUUAAAUAGAUGAACCUUGGGAAAAAAUGUUUGAAGUGAAAGAAAAAUUCAAAGAAAUAAAAGAGGGGUCCUGCUUAGGAGAAAUCGGUUAUAUUACUUUAACACCUUCCAAAUAUUUAUUCGAAUAAUUUUGUUUGUGAUUUGUAUAAAUAAAAAUAUUUUCGAAUAAACUAAAAAAUCAAUUUUUUGAACACUUUUGUAAGUGGUUUUUUCGAAUAUGAAGUUGUAUAAUUUUCAGUUGAAAAUCAGUUUUUCCUCGAAUAACGGCCAACCUUGAUUCCAAUUACUUGUCCUGUAAGGCUUAUUUUUCCUGCAAUGCAAUGAGUGCCAACUUAUAAAAUAAAUUUUCUACUCGAAUAUUUUUGAAUAAUAUUAUUUGUUAUUAUAUCGCUAAAUAUCACUGUACACUAAUUGUAAUUUGUUUUAAUAUCAUUAAGUAUCGUUUUAUUGUUUUUUUCUUAAUAUAUUUUUUUUAUCAAUCAAACUGUACAAUAUGAUUUUGAAACAAGAACCAAAAUACAUCAGUACAUUUAUUUAUCGCUGAAUUAAAACCGGGUCGCUAAUUUUCAAGAAAAAUGGAGACAAUUUUUUUAGUUGCAUCAAAAGUUGUAAAUGACUUGUAGAACAAAAAUUAAGAUUUCCCAAUAUUAUUUUGAGUAAAAUAAAAAUUACAAAUUCUAAAACCAAUAUUCUAAACUAUUCAGUAAACAAUAUUAUAGUAAAAAGCUCUAUUUGGUACAUUAUUAAGGUGCAAAUUAAUUAAACGUUAAAAACACCAAAAAUCUAUUUUGAAAAGUUAUUUUACAACUUAAAACGUUAAAAAACGAAAUGGCGUGCUAGGAAAAAUGUCAAAAUCAGAUUAAGCGAAAAAGUGAUGUUUUUUGGUUCUUGUUUGUCAUAUAUUUAUAUAUUGUGUUUAAUCCGGUCAGUUUGUUAUUCCAUACACUUUACUCGUC